AUGCCUUCCGCCCUCCUGGGACAUGCCCCUCCAAUGGCCAGCGCAAAGGAUGUCGUGCUGGCCAGAGCAGACAAAAAGAACCCGCCCUUGUGCCCAACCGAUGACGACGACACCGUAGCCCUGAGGAAGAAGACUCGAAGCUUUGAUUAUUUAUGGCGCUCAGGCGUUGCUGGCGGUCUUGCUGGGUGUGCCGCCAAAACCGUCGUUGCACCUCUCGAUCGAGUGAAGAUUCUGUUCCAGGCGAGCAGCCCUCAGUUCGCUAAAUACACUGGCUCAUGGUUCGGCGUCGUGACCGCCAUGCGAGAUAUCCACCACCAAGAUGGUGUCACAGGCCUCUUCCGCGGGCACUCGGCUACUCUUCUUCGAAUCUUUCCUUACGCCGGCAUCAAGUUCCUCGCCUACGAGCAGAUUCGCUCUGUCGUUAUCCGUAACCGCGACCAGGAGACGCCUUGGCGCCGCCUCAUCAGCGGCUCCAUGGCUGGUGUCACGUCCGUCUUCUUCACAUAUCCCCUCGAGGUCAUCCGAGUCCGCCUCGCAUUCGAGACAAAACACAGUCAUUCCAGCCUCACCUCCAUCUGCCGACGUAUAUACUCUGAAAAUUUCUCCUCGAAACCAUCGCUCGCGACAGCCACGACAGCCACUACAGCAUCCGGUAUCGCGGCGACACCUUCAGCUGCCGCGGCCGCACUAACGCCUCGCUCUGGCCUCGCCAACUUCUACCGAGGCUUUACCCCUACCCUGCUGGGUAUGCUACCCUACGCCGGCAUGUCUUUCCUCACCCACGACACGGCCGGUGAUUUCCUCCGCAGCCCCCGCCUAGCCGCCUACACCACCCUCCCGAAGCCGGAGAAUUAUCCCUCCGGCAAGCCCGCGCCUCUCCGCUCAUGGGCAGAGCUUCUUGCCGGCGGUGUCGCUGGCCUCGUCUCGCAGACUGCGUCUUACCCGCUCGAGGUCAUCCGUCGGCGGAUGCAGGUCGGCGGCGCCGUCGGCGACGGCCACCGCAUGCGCAUAGGCGAGACGGCGGCCCUCAUUUUCCGGGAACGCGGUGUGCCAGGUUUCUUCAUCGGUUUGACGAUUGGCUAUGUCAAGGUGGUCCCUCUCGCGGCAGUCAGCUUCUACACGUAUGAACGUGUCAAGGGGUGGUUCGGCAUUCUCUAG